CGUCCAGUACUGUCGGCCGGGGGCAUUGGCACACACAGACACAGGAGCCUGAGCAGAAAGAAGAUGCAGACAAAUGGAGAUGCAAAGACUUAAAAGGACAGCUCCUUUCACCUCAUUCUACUUGUCAAGAAGGUAAAAAGGCACAGCCAGAAAGAAAAGAAAAAGCUCAACCCUCAGGUCCAGACAGGCGGUGGUCUGCGUGUGGCUUUGGGAGCUGGAGCUGCAGUACAUCCCUUUGUAUCGGACAGCCUCGCAAAGGAGAAAGAGAGUUGGGAGGAAAAGUAUUUCAUCUAGGAACUGUCCUGGGAGCACACUUCAGAUUACAUUUUAAAGCCUCUGCAUUCCAUCUCCAUGAGCCACCAUUGGAUUGCACAAUGACAUGGAGAAUGGGACCCAGUUUUACCAUGCUACUGGCAUUGUGGCUGGUGUGCGGAUCAGAACCCCACGCGCAUGCCAUGAAUAGAGGGAGCCGCGGAGGGCAGAAAGCGCCUCCGGUUUCCCCCGUCAACAGAAGGCCAGCUCGGUUACUGAGGCACACGGGGAGGUCUCAGGGAAUUGAGAGAACCACUCCGGAAGAACCAAACCUCCAGCCUCUCCAAAGAAGGAGGAGCGUACCGGUGUUGAGAGUGGCUCAUGCCACGGCACCGUCAGCCUCCCUGGGUAUCCACGGGGCCCCAGUGAGAACUGAGCGGAGACCAGCAGCCCGGAGCUCUCCCCGUGAGAUGGUCCGAGAUGAGGGGUCUUCAGCUCGGUCAAGAAUGUUGCGCUUCCCGUCUGGCUCCAGCUCUCCCAACAUCCUUGCCAGCUUUGCAGGGAAGAAUAGGGUGUGGGUCAUCUCGGCCCCCCACGCCUCGGAAGGCUACUACCGGCUCAUGAUGAGCCUGCUGAAGGACGACGUGUACUGUGAGCUGGCGGAAAGGCACAUCCAGCAGAUCGUGCUUUUCCACCAGGCAGGCGAGGAAGGAGGCAAGGUGCGGAGGAUCACCACUGAGGGCCGGGUCCUGGAGCAGCCCCUGGACCCCAGCCUCAUCCCAAAGCUGAUGAGCUUCCUGAAGCUGGAGAAGGGCAAGUUUGGCAUGGUGCUGUUGAAGAAGACGCUGCAGGUGGAGGAGCGCUACCCUUAUCCGGUCAGGCUGGAGGCCAUGUAUGAGAUCAUCGACCAGGGCCCCAUCCGCAGGAUAGAGAAGAUCAGGCAGAAGGGUUUUGUGCAAAAAUGUAAGGCCUCCGGGGUAGAGGGUCAGGUGGUGGAGGAAGGGAACGAUGGCAGAGAGGCAGGAAGGCCAGGCCUGAGCAGCGAAAAGAGGAAAGAGGAGCAGAGGAGGGCACAAGUGCUGCCAACCAGAGAGAGUCGGCUGAAGGCGAUAAGAAAAGCGGCCACCGCUGCGGGGGCCCCUCCUCCACCGCCCACAACCCCACGGGCCACCACCCUGCCUCCUGCUGCAGCCACAGCAGUGACUCGGGCCACCUAUCGGCCGGUGACGGUAACUGCAAGACCUACAACCCCCGUGGGCUUUCCGACCACCCAGAGGCCCUGGACCCCCCGGGUGCACCCUUCCUCGGAGCCUCACAGGGCCUCAGCAACAGCCGAGGUGGCCACUGCCAGGGGCCCCGUGGCCUCCAAGAACCUCUACCCUCCACCCAGGAAGGAGCAGCCCAGGGAGAGGCCGCAGACCGCCCGGAGGCCCAGCAAGGCCACCAGCUUCGAGCGCUUCACGGCUGCCCCUCCCACCACCGUCUCCGAGCCCAGCACCAGGGCUGGCGCCGGUCGUUUCCAGGACAACCGCACGGACAGGUGGGAGCACGGCCCCCGGGACCCGAAUGUGGGGCCGGGUCCUCACAAGCCUGCAAAGGGGAAACCUCCCCAAAAGAAAGCCCGGGACAAAAUCCUUAGCAAUGAGUACGAGGGUAAGUAUGACCUCAGCCGGCCGACCGCCUCUCAGCUGGAGGAGGAGUUGCAGGUGGGGAAUGUUGCCCCCAAAAAAGCGAAGGAGUCUAAAAAGCACGAAAAGCUUGAGAAACCCGAGAAGGAGAAGAAAAAGAGGGUGAAGAGUGAGAAAGCAGACAAGUUACUCAAGAGUGAAAAGCAAGUGAAGAAGGACAAGGCUGAGAAAAAGAGCAGGCAGGAGAAAGAGAAGAACAAGAAGAAAAAGCCGGGGAGAACGGAGAAGGACGGGCACCUGAAACCCACGAAACACUUCGCUCAGAGUCCCAGGAAGUCGGUGACCGACCUGCUGGGGCCCUUGGAAGGCAAACGAAGGCUCCUUCUGAUCACUGCUCCCAAGGCUGAGAACAAUAUGUAUGUGCAGCAGCGAGAUGAGUAUCUGGAAAGUUUCUGCAAGAUGGCCACCAGGAAAGUCUCCGUGAUCACCAUCUUUGGCCCUAUCAACAACAGCACCAUGAAAAUCGACCACUUCCAGCUAGAUAAUGAGAAACCUAUGCGUGUUGUGGAUGAUGAGGACUUGGUAGACCAGCAUCUUAUCAGCGAGCUAAGGAAGGAGUAUGGAAUGACCUACAAUGACUUCUUCAUGGUGCUCACCGAUGUGGACCUGAGAGUCAAGCAAUAUUAUGAGGUGCCUAUAGCAAUGAAGUCUGUGUUCGAUGUGAUUGAUACCUUUCAGUCCCGAAUCAAAGACAUGGAAAAGCAGAAGAAGGAGGGCAUUGUUUGCAAAGAAGACAAGAAGCAGUCACUGGAGAACUUCCUAUCCAGGUUCCGAUGGAGGAGGCGGUUGCUAGUGAUCUCAGCACCUAAUGAUGAAGACUGGGCCUAUUCACAGCAGCUCUCUGCCCUCAGUGGUCAGGCAUGCAAUUUUGGUCUGCGCCACAUAACUGUUCUGAAGCUUUUAGGUGUUGGAGAGGAAGUAGGGGGAGUUUUAGAACUGUUCCCGAUUAAUGGGAGCUCUGUUGUGGAGCGAGAAGACGUACCAGCCCAUUUGGUGAAAGACAUACGUAACUAUUUUCAAGUGAGCCCAGAGUACUUCUCCAUGCUUCUAGUUGGAAAAGAUGGAAAUGUGAAAUCCUGGUAUCCUUCCCCAAUGUGGUCCAUGGUGAUUGUGUACGAUUUAAUUGAUUCGAUGCAACUCCGGAGACAGGAAAUGGCUAUUCAGCAGUCACUGGGGAUGCGCUGCCCAGAAGAUGAGUAUGCAGGCUAUGGUUACCAUAGUUACCAUCAAGGAUACCAGGAUGGUUACCAGGAUGACUACCGUCAUCAUGAGAGUUACCACCAUGGAUACCCUUACUGAACAGAAAUAUGUAACCUUAGCCCCAGCCAGUUUCCCCUGCAGCUGUUGAAGCCACAUGUGGCCAGCUAUGUAAAGGAGAGUUCUUCCACACUGCCUACAUUCCCUGCCUUUUUCUUUCAGUGUUCUUCCAAGAUUAAAUAAAUAGCAAACUUUUGCCUACUCUUGAGUUGUUACUGAAGCCUUAAAUCAUAAAGAUGUUUAAAAGAAUUGUUUGUCUAACUGGAGAGGAUCUGGUGCUGAAUAAUGUUAUUGAAAAUGGAUAUUUUCCUUUUCUUAAUAUGGUGGAUGUGAAUGGGAAUACAGUAUUCUAUAGCGUAAGUAUUUAUACCUCUCUUUUUAGUAUUUUUAGUAUUAAUUGGUAAGUGAAAACCAUGAUUGUUAAAGAAAAUUAAAGAUCACAGCACAGAUAUUUUCAGAUGAACAUCUGAGCAGAUGGAACAGACAGAGCAGAUAGCUUCUUAACCCUUUUUGAAAUGUUAGUCUAAAAAUGAUUAAGACAGCUCUGCUCUGUACUGUGAAUUUCUUUCCUGAAGUUUGAUACUACAGGAGUCCGGUGAUAUUGGCUACCAAAGCCAGGGCAAGUACCAAACUCAGCUUUGUUAUCAUAGCCACUUCCUGCCCUGUUUCUGUUAACUUUUAGUGUCUUUUCAGGGAAAAGGAACUUCUAAAUCACCACCAGAAUCUGGCUCUGCAUCUAGAGGUGCUACUUUCAGAGUUCUAUCAGGUACCAUGGAAUUUCCAGCAUGGGAAACCUUGACUCUUCACGUUUGACUCCCUAAUGGGCCCAUUAUCAUACUGGCACCUUGUAAAAUAAAAUUACAAAGGAGAUUAUUUUUAGGGGUUCUUUUUGUUUUCAAAGGAAAAUGUUACUAAAUUAACAGUGGAUAAAAUUGUAACUGGAUUGCAGAAUAUAAUCCUUGUCUUUGAAACAGAGCAUUUAUUUUUUACAUAUGGCAUAUAAACUAAAUAUUCUCCCUUCCUCCCUCCCUCUUUCCCUUCCUUCCUUCUUUCCUACUUUUCUUUGUUUUUCAGCAAAGACCAAGUAAUAUUAACUAACAUGUAUGAGCCUGCCCUAAGGUGAUCAGAUUCCCCAGCGUUUAGCAUCCGGACAGUGCCAGCCUCUAUCAGUAAUGGGGAUGCUUAUUUUUUGUCACUGUUAUUAACAACUAAUUCUCCAAAUAGUCUUGAAAUUGGUUAUUAACUCUAGUGAGCCUAGAUAUUAAUAACUGCAUUCAAGCCACAUGUGAAUACUACUAGCGUUUAACUUAUCUAUGCCUAUUUGUACGAGUUUGUCUUUACAUCAUCUGAA